GUGCAAAUGGAAACCAUUUCAGUAUGUGAUGCAGUUGGUAGAAAACGUUUAUUGUAUCGUGUGAGUAAAGAAAGAUGGUUACUUUUAGAAACUUUGAUAUUUGUUCCUUUUUUACCUCAAGACAAUGUUUAUUUGGAAAGUGUCGAAGAAACUGUAACGAAACUGGAUAGUGAAACUGCUUGUGAUUGGAACAGAAGACAAUGUCAACAGUUGAUGAGUUAUUCUUUGGAUUGGUUUUGGUGUCAUUUGCUAUACAACCAAAGUUUACAACGUUUUCUUUCGGAUUAUUGUCGCUUUCGUCUACCUUAUUAUGACUCUCCUCAAGCUGGCUAUUGUUGGUUGGAUAAGCUGGUAUAUGAUAUAUUUUAUCGUGCUUCUAGUCCUCACGAUUGUCUUUCGGAUGCCGUUGUAGACGUUUCUACUGUCUUUUAUCCUUUUUGGGAUGGCCAAGUUUCACAACUCGUAAAUCUAUCGUUGAUAUGGGAUUGGUUUGGUAUAUUUCCCGGAGUUGUUAGACAUCUCGUUUCAAGACUAGUUCACUUUUAUCCCAUUCAUAUACAAAAGGAAUGGUGGUAUGGUCCUUGUUUGGAGGCUUGGUCAGUUGCUUGUGAUGCUGUGGAAUCCAAUCCAUCCUAUGUUUUACAUAUUUUGGAUGCUUUGAGAGGAAUCUAUUGUUAUAUGUUACAAGACUGGAUAAGGUAUUGUUUGAUGAAUAAUAAGGAGGAAAGAGAUGAAGCUAUGGACAUAUUGUUAUCGAUGAUAGAUCAUUUGUGGCAACGUAUAUGGAAUACUAUUCCGACGUUUCCUUGUAUAACAAAGUCGAGUUGAAUGGGAACAAAGAAAACCCAACUUGUCUAAAGAAAUGGGUUAUGAAUGGU